AUGCAUAGGGACAUGCGGGGAAAAGAUGUCUGGAAACGUCUUGAGAACGAACAUACCUCAUCUGAACGAAAUCAUUACCCGAGAUCCCACUCCCGCUACCAUCCAUACCAACGCUCUUCAAACGAAAGCCUGAGGGAGUCGAGAGGAACAAGACGUACUCCACCACGGACGCAAACAUGGCACCCCAAGAACAGAGAACAAACUAAUCGAUCUCUGUUGGACACGCCUAACUCUCGAGUUUCGGACCCGCAUAAAGGUGCAAUAGAUACUAGAUCGAACAUGCAGCAAACGGUAACGGAGGUGGUACAAACCGGAGAAGAGUAUCAAAACAGAGCUAGAGGAUCCAUGAUCACUCACACUCGGGAUCUGGAGAGUGAAAAAAUGAGGAAAUUUAAGGCACCGGCGAUAGAGUUAACGAAAGCUGAAAAACUGCAGAGAGAUCUCAGCCGUGACUUUCAGCCUGGAACCCUGACUAUUCGGGACCAGAAUCCGCCCCUCCCACAGUCUCCUUACAAGACUCCCGAGAGUAAUAUGGAGAUGGUCCAGGACCCUGAAGGAAUAACAACCCUAAAUCAACCAACUAACGAUCUCUUGAUGGACAAUCCCAUGGAGGGAGGUCUUACGGCGGCGGAAAUUAAUUAUAUGAUAAACGAGCUGGCGGACGACGAUAUGGACGAGGACAUGUUUGCAAAUGACGAUCUCCUUGGUGCAGAACUUGAGGAUGAAGCUGAGCAAAUAGAAGCAAUUUCCCAACUCUCACCUAUUGUUUUGCAAGGAAUGAGACUGAAGCCGAGAUUCAGGAAGAAGUAG